GUCGUCAUUGUGCGGCCAACGGUAAUAUCGGUCGGCCGCAGUUUGCUGUCGGCGUUAAAACGACGUCCGCGGUCGUUCAGUUCGCGUGACGUUAACGGUACGGCCGAACGGCUGGUGGCGGCGGUGCGAAUUUUUCUCCGCGGGAAAAAAAAAAAAAACCGAAAACCGUUUCAUUUCGCGCGUGCCGGGAAUCGAGGGCGCGCGCCGACGUCGCGCGCUACCGGAACAACACAGUCGUGUGGGGCGGUCUCGGACGGACGAGAAAAACGAGAAAACGGAGUGGCCGACGGAACGCCGAUUUCGAGUACGUACAACAAUGACAACGACGUCGCGCAAAAUGUUAACGACAACCCGCGUGCGGGGCGGUACGCGGGCGAUAUCCGGCCACAAGUGGCCCGCGGCACGGCGAGCGGGUGUUUUUACAAUGCGAACGCGCGCGAGAUCAUCGGAUCCCCUCCGGGCGCGCCCGGGGCAGACACGGCGCGUUAUCGUCGGUAUCGGAGUGAUUUUCGCUUACGUUUUGUCGCGUCCGAAAUCGUUUGAAACGGCGGUGGCGCGGCGGCCACGUACGGCGAUCGAACGGGCCGUGUUAAAUUCGUCGAUUUCCGAUUAAUCCGUUUUCGACUUCUGGACAGCGACUCGCAGCGACAAUGACGUUACGCCUGCAACGUUCGGCGUUUUCCUAUUGUUUUCGAACGAACGCACCGGCGUAUCGGGAAUCGAAUACCAAAUACACGUACUGUCGGAAAUAUAAAACUGCGAGGCGCUGUUACGCGUGCGAUGUUCACGGUACCGUUGCGAAUUUCAAGUCGACCGGAGACGAUUACGGCCCGAGUGAUAUGCAAAAGUAGUUAGCAGUUUGGUUUUUAGCCGAAACCCUAUUUGUUUUUUCCGACAAUUCGACAGUGUAAAUGAUUGUCGUCGUACGCGCCGCCGCCGCAUUUACACGCUACGUUUCCCCUUCUACACGACCCGACUGUCCUUUGCCGCGCGUCGCGGUCGCAAACGUUAUUUGAACAGCUCGCGGUACUGGGGGGGGGGGGGGGGGGUUGCUAACGCGUCGACUCGGGAAAAACGAAAAAAAAAAAAAAAAAUCAAACCGAUCAAACAUUUCGAGUGGGCAGGCGAUAACUCUAAUUUCUCGGGAACCGAUCGAACGCCGGCGAUCGGUACGUGCGGAAACUUUAACCGAACGGUGAUACCGGAAAUAGUUUAACGCGAACCGUGCGUAACGGCCGUGUCGGCGCAAACGCAUAAUCGCGAUAAACGUAAACGCAAACGGAUUCACGUUCGCGACGUUCGGACGGGACACGAACGCGCGGCGACAACACCCGUGACGGUACGGUACAGCGCGGUAUCGCCCGUAUCGCCCUGGUACACCUGGUUACGUUACACGGUUUCGCCGCACAAACAGGCCGUGGCCGCGUAACGUCAUAACGGUCCGCAGGCCGUGGGUCGUACGGUGCCCGUGGCGCGUCGCGGUCACCGCGUAUUGCCGAUCGCCGUAGACCAUUAAGACGGACGCACCGCGCGCAUUCCCAUCCGUCCCGGUGCCGCAGGCGUAUAAAAAUAACUGGAACGCGGCCGACCACUCGGAUCGUACACCCGACCAAAAUAUUUCGUUGUCGGAUGAUACGCCGAGAAAAAUGUUUUUUUUUUUUUUUUUUUUUUUUAUCAGAACAUUCGAACCGCUCGAUAUUUUACGGGACAUUUGGAUUUUUGAAAUGAAAAAAUCGAAUCGAAUCAAAAUAAACCAGUUUGUUUUUAACAAAAGUCAGAUCGGAAUAUUUUCCACGUUCGAUUAAACAAGUUCAGUUACAUCGUGAAUAAAAACUAACCAGGUAAAUUAGGAAGUUACUUAAAAAGUUUCUUUUAGGUUUAAACAUUUUCUAACUUAACUUUAACUUUCUAACUAGUAAGUGCCCAGCUUUGCUGUUUAUUUGUCCGUUCGACGCUGUUGUGCCGCUUGCGAUUUUCGGCUACGUGUUUUGCGACGGUGGCCGUUUGUGGCGAAUGAAAACAAUUUUAUUUGAUUAUUUUAUCGCUGCACUACUGUAGUAUCAUUUUCUAGCAAUAUUUAUAAUAAGCUAUUUCCAUAGCUAUACGUCAUAUAUCCGUUUACUCAAUCCAUAAAACAACAAAGAUAUUUUGUGCCCGUAAUUUUUCACUCGAUAAAAAAUAACACAAGUUAACUAUAUCCAAAAUCGUAAUAAAAUUAUAAGCGGUAUCCCAACAAAAACCCUCCGUCAACUACGUGUUAAAACCCCGCUAAGGAAAAACAAUUCAAGUUAGAAAAGUUGUGAUAAAUAAUUUUUUAAAUAAUUUAACUUAGCUUAGUGGCUACUAAUAUUUACGACUAAAAAUAAAGAUCUAAUGUCGACAUAAAUAUUUACAUCACAAUUUUAUGAUUUAUUAAUACUGUUAUAAUACUAUUUAAGUGCACACUAUGAAUACCUAGCUAGUUAAAUUAUCUGUAAUAAAUUAUUGCACCUCAUCAAAUACAAACAAUUAUAAACAAUUUCUAUGCUAUUGAAUUUAAGAAAUUGUUUAGCCCCAUUUGAUGUCACAACUUUUCUAACUUGUGUUUUUUUUCUCGGCGAGGUUUUCACACGUAGUUGACGGAGGGUUUUUGUUGGGAUACAUAAUUCACUGAAACCGAUAAAUUAUUGAUCUACUGUAUAUUUUGAACGAAAUUCAUAGUAAAAUUUCAAAUUGAAGUUUAAAGAAGGGAUAAUUUUAGACGAGACAGUGCUUCACUUGCCGCCACUGAUCUAAGGCUAAUAAUUAUGUACAAAACCUUGUAAAUAUCUGUCCUAACGACGUGAAGUUUUACUGCGGAAUUCCGUGGGAUACGACAACCGUACACCGUACAAGUCAGAUAAUUACGUUUAUGACGGUUUUAAACGUUGGGUACGAACUCCGUCCGAGUUCCUUAUUAAUAUAGACGGGAUAUAAUUAUUCUGUCGCAAAUUUCAAUAAAUUCAAAUUCAGGUGUUUUUUCUCUCCGGAUGACCGGGUUCAAUAUUAUUUACUUCGCCGCAUUAUACCAAACGUCACAAUUUCAAACCUUGUGCGAUGGCAUCGAAUUUUUUUUUUAUUUUGGAAUAUUACGGACGAUGAAUUUUUUAAAUUUCGGGAUCGAACAAUAAUAAUGUUAUUAUUAUGCAUUGAUUUAAUAUCGGACCAUCAUCAACGGUUGAUUGAACUAUAACAAUACACUAUGAUGGCACUGCAGCAGCAAAUAUUUCGUGAAGCGAUAAUCGGUUUAAUAUCCGUUUUCAUAAUAUCAUGCCGGCAGUCUUUAAUCUAAACUUAAAAAUUUAAAUAACACUGUAAAUAAUAAAAUAUAAGUAGGUAUCGUCUCGUUAAAUCGAAAUACUAUUUGAACGAUGCUUAUUGACUUUUCUAGAAAAAUAAUAAUUGUUACAAUGGCGGCACACUCUAAACGCGAACAAAAGUAUAACAUGCGAAUGAUAUACUAGAUUCUGAGCGAACCGAGAAGUGUAUUGGUUUUACUACAAUUACGACACGAGUUUUUCGACUAUAGACAACUUUUUUACUAUAAUUCUUGCUCGGUUUAAAAACUUUAAAGGAAUUUUUUUAUAGCGUAUUUUCGUGUUUAGCCGGCGCGUAGAAAAGGUUAUUUUUCAUUUCCUUUGUAGUUUUCUUAAUUAAUCGGAACGACUCACUAUGGUCUGCAUAAUUAUUCGCGUUCAUUUCCGAGUUACCUCGCGGCAACGAGGGAACAAAAACGAAUAGUAAACCUAUGUUCAGAAUCGUUUUUCGUUAGUAAAAUUUUAUCUUUGCUUACAGAUAUAAAUUGAAUUACUUUACAUUACCUAUAUAUCCUUCCUUUUAACUUUUCUCCUUAAAUAGUGGCACGCACCCAUCAGCGUUAUCAUCAGCCUUUUAACAUUGUAUAUUGUUCAUGCGAUUUUUGGACGCAGUACGAAGUAACCACGUUGAAAACCGUGUCUGCCAGGAAAAUGAUUCUAAGAUAUCAUCGCCAUAGUACGUUCACUUUACAUUAUCAAACCGAUAUUAUAACAAUUAUUUACGAUUCUUUAAAAGUAGUUUUUUUAUGGAUAUAUUAGUAGUAGAUAAAUAUUAUACAUAUGAUAUAAUAAUUAGUAGUUAAACACACUAUCGAUAAAGAUAAUGUAAUAAUGUAUAUAUAUAUAUAUAUAUAUAUAUAUAUAAGUGUGUUUUCGGUAAAAAAAACUCGUCAUUCAUUACUUACCUAUUGUUUAAUAAAUAUUAUAAUAUUUUUUAACAAAUAUUCGUUUACAAAUGAAUAAUGUCGAAAUUAAAUUAUUCGUCUCCUAUAUGUUUAAAAGUUAGUAAUUAUUUGUCAUCCCGACGAUACAUUGAUUUUAAAUCGUCGUGGAAAUUCCGAUUGUUAUUAUCCACCUAUACUUAGUACUUACUUAUCAUAUUAUUAUUUAAAUUAAAUUAAAUUAUCACCGUAUACAUCGUUCGUUGUUUUUAUCAUACAAUAUAUCGUUACAGGAAUGUACUCGACAAAAACAAAAACACUUAUUGUGUAUUUGUACUUGGCGGGUUUAGUGGAGGGCUUCGAAAAUCACCAGAGCAUCAACGGCUGUACGUUCGUCGUCCAUCCCGUCUGCCCGGAUCUCUCGAUCGAUUUUUAUUUAUACACCAGGUAAUUACGAUUUUGUAAUAACAAUGUAACGCACGCGAUCAUUCUCCAAUUAUAUUAUGAGGUAGAAAUUAAUAAUUCUAACAUUAUAUAUUAUAAUAAAUAUAGUGGCGCACACGUUAUGUGUCGGGGGGACCAGCAGAACCCCAUAAAAAAAUUGGGUGGCGGAUGUUCGUUGAUCGUUGUUAUAGCCUUAGUGAUGGUGAUUAUUAUUAUUAAUUUUUUUUUAGCAUAGGGCUAGAGUCUCAAAUGCCAAAUAGUCUAUAUUGGAAUUUCUUUGCUAAUGGUUGGUGGGUAGAUGGUCACUAUUAGUGUAUGUUCGACCAUGUUAAUAAGAUUGAGUGUGCUCCACUGAAUUCACAACGUUGUUAAAAUGUUUUAUAAAGACUAUUAAUUUUUUUUUAUUUUGGAUUUUAUAUGAUCAUGAGCAAUUCAAAUAUUCAUAGAUGAAUCAUGCUAUCGAUUUAUUACUGGUCUAACAGGUUACAGUUUAUUACAUUAAUGAAUUAUAGGUAGAGGUAGUCAAAGGUAGUUAAAUAAAUACAUGUGCAUGUGAAACAUGGUCCUUAAAAAACAAAGAUAACGGAAAACUUGUUGCUGUACGGAACUAUGAAAAUCGUAUGAAAUAUAUAUGAUCCGGCAUAAAAUAGUGAUAUAAAAAGCUUGUUAAAACAAACAUAAUGAACAGUUGUCUUGCUGAUAUGAAAAAAAACAAUAUAUUCUCUUGUGUAUGAGGUAAACGAUUGGGAAUUGGAAUGAUUGGGAUAUGUGUGAAAGUCGGAUGGGAUUUCGUCGAAGAAUAUAUUUAUGGAACAAAUAAAUAACUAACGAUUACUUGAUAGACCCAAGGUUACGAGAGAGAGACAUGGUGUGGAAAAAGGAAUGGCGCUGGGCGAUGGACCGGAAAAGAUUGAGAUACUUUUAGAUACUGGGCGACGCGAGGAAUGUAUUGUAUUGGUUUUAUAAUGAUUGUUUUUUUUUUUCUGUGAAUAACUUUUCUAUCGGAAAUUUCGCUCUGAUUUUCAAGUAAAGCACUUUUUUUGAAAGAAAACUUGACUGGGGUUGUACUAAAGUACUACCCCAGUAGUACUUUAGUACCUUAAAAGGUGAUCAUUUUUCGAUUACUCCAUAGGUUUUCAAAAUAAAUGGAAGAGCCGGAAAAAAACGGGAAAAUUUACGAAAUGUUUUAUUUUUAAAUCGUAAAUAUUACGGUCUUACAUGUAUAACUGAACUCGGCUCAGAAUCGUUUUUCGUUAACAAUGAUUAAUCUUUGCAUAUAAAUAAACGUUAAAUUUCCCGUAUAACUUCUAAUAUUAUCUAAUAUUAUCCGAAAUUUUAACUUAUCAAGUUAACAAAAAAUGUAUAGUCCAAUAUACUAUUAUAGAUAAUCGAUGAUCAACUUGUGAGCUUCAAAAAUCAACAGUUUUCCUUCAAAAAUCAAAGGUUAUUGUUUCCUUCAACAUAUACAUCAUUAUUUUAAAAAUAUGUUCAAAAAAUAUAUUGGUAUACACAAGCGUGGAUCUAGAAAUCACAAAUGAGGGGGAGGCUAAACCGGAAAUAUAUGCAAAUAUCGUUUUUUUUUUUUUUAAAUUUUUCGUCUUUUGUUGUAAAUAGUUAUAAUUUAGACGUAAGCUAAUAAUUUAUAAUUUAAACAUUGCCGUUGAAUUUAUUAAUAAUCAUUAAUACACCACGCUUUUGAUAAUAUGAUACUCAUAUUGCUGUCGCUUAUCAGUUGAUAUCUGCUGAACUAGAUCAACAACUUUUUAAUGUAAUUGUCAAUCGGUCACCUCGGGUAUUGAUAUUGUUAUGUAUUGUUAAAAGAUAAUAUAUUAAAAAAACGGUCGUUUUAUUACUUCGAAAAUCGAAAAAUAAAUAAUUUAUACAAAUACGUACGUAAUAAUCUAAGAAUAUCUAAGAGAAUUAAAAAUACGGCCGAAUUGGGGGAGGGGGUAACUCCCCCUAGCCCACCCUCCCUCCCUCGGAUCCGCGCCCGGUUUUAUAUUAUGGCGACAUUAAAAACAAACUCAGUCCUUUUAAAUCUUCUGAAAUAGCAGUUUAGUUUUUUUCGACAAUUUUCAAAUAAUAUCUACGAGUACGCAAUAUAUUGUACGGGUAUAACCGGCGGUAAUCACUGGUGAUAAUUGAUAGCGAUGUGCGAGUGUCGUGUGUUAUAAUAUAUAUUUAUCUGCGGGUACAACUGUACGAUGCGCGCCGAAGCAGUACGAAUUACACGCACGACCGUUUAAAAAUAAGAGUAGACAAAAAACGAAAACAAAAAAAUCGGCCGGUAAUGUUCGCCGGGCGAAUUCCGCGGACCGCGUACAGGUAGAGCUGACAGUGUCGCGUAUUUCACGGCGGUAAAUGAGAUUGCGGCGGGGAAAGGGGGGAGAGAAUUUUUUUUUUUUUAUUUAGUUUAUUAUAGUCGCACACUGCAAGACCCGUCGCUCUUCGAUUAGCCGACGCACAAUAUCGAUACGCGUAAUUUUUCUCCCUUUCCCCGGCAAAAACGUCAAUUAUCAAACGCCUAAAAUAUAUGCAACGUAAUUUGUACGUUCGACUACACAUCCUACGCCCGUACACUAUUAUUAAAAUAUUUCCGUGCGUGUAAUAAUACACCUAGUUGCAAAUGUCUACGCGGACAACACCCGUUGUGCAGGUGUGAGCUUGUUAUGUAUAUAUAAUUUUUUUUUUUUUUUUUUUUUUUUUUUUGAUCGCAGAGCAAACCUACACGAACCUCAAUUGGUCUCGGCCGAAAACGUUACCGAGUCGCAUUUCGUGAAAGCUCGGCCCAACAAGUUUAUCCUGCACGGGUUCAACAGUAAUUUUAAAUUGGGCUCGCUCCAAAACAUAAAAACCGGUACCUUUGCACUUUUAUUGUACGAUAUUAUUUGGAAAUACGCAUUCGGGUAGGCGCUUAAAAUCUAAAAUGACAAAAAAAAAAUAUAUUUAAAAAACCUUCGCAUCUAUAAUAUAAUCAUGGUUAUGCAGUGGCGUCAUUUGGAGAGGGACAGGGAAGGCAUUUGCUCCCCUUGUCAUAAGCGGUCCUCUGUUGGGUCGGGUAUGGGUUAGUUUCGGGUCACAAGCCUGCAAACAUAAUUCAUGAUUUAUGUUGCAUACGGCCAUUGUGAGCUACAGUUUUUUAAGAUUUAUUUGUGAUAAUAAUCGUGAUAAGUGUGAUAACCGUACAAAACAUUUUUUUUAUUGCACUUUUUGUUAACACUGAUUGCACUUUAGUUCAAAUUGCCGGGUUAAGAGUCCAUGUAAAUUUUUGGAGUGUCUAUUCUUAUCUAAUUUAUUCUAUGAUUAUACUGAUGUCCACGGUGACACGGUUAAAUUUUUGUAAGUACAUGUACACUCCAUGCAUAUUGGCGUAAAUAGAACAUAAAUUAGAGGAAAAUUCACCUCAAAUUAAAUCUACAUAUAGUCGCCAAUAGGCUAAUAGGUUAUAUAUGUAGGUAUCCCUUUACAUAUCUAUUUAUUGUUUAGUCAUUGUUAUUCCUCGAAAAAAUGCGUUAUUCAUGCCUAUGAUAGUAAGUAUGAAAAAAAUGUAAUUAGGAUAUUUGUAUUGAGAUGAAAAUGUAAUUGUGACGGAUGAAUUAGCGAGUGGUUUUUUUUUUCAGUUUUAUUUUGGGUCUGUCAAACCUUUUGCCCCUCCUCUCGAAAACUGAAACGACGCCACUAUGGUUAUGUAUGUAAAAAUAAUUUAAAAACCAUAUAUUUGAACAAAGCGUGAAAAAUAUACAAACCAAUUGUUUUUCCAUUGUAGUGUGAUUUUUUGUUUUUGUAUAACGGUCCAAUUUUUUUUUUCACUUCAAAAAGUAACUUUCUGUUAAUAUACACUUUAUAUGGGACAGCCUUUUUCACUUAAAAAAAACAAUACAUUUAGGUACUAUUUAUUAAAAUAGCAAACACGUAAAAGUGCUUUUACUUUUAGUGAAAAUGUAAAAUUACUAACUACCUAAUUGUUUAAAUUAACUAGGUUAGGUGACCGCAAAGCACUUAUAUUAAUACGGCGAUAAUAAAAUUUAUGUCGAAAAAAAUGAAAAUUUAAUGACUUUAUAACACGGAAUAAAACUAGUUUAAACUACUUGAGAUAUUAAAAAAUAAAAAGAGCUGAUACUGGAGACGGGUGUGCAACUGUUGUAGGUGGGAAGUUGGAAAGGUAGGAUACAUAAGGUUAUUUAAUUAAUACCUGUAAGCAAUGAUAAACCAUUACCAAUAAAAAACGAUUCGGGGUGAAAUUCGAUUAUACUAUUUUGAAAGGGCGUACACUUUUCAAUUUUCGUCAAAAGUUCAUUUAAGUGCGACUUAUAAUAAAGUUUACAGAAAUGUAAACAAUGAAACGGUAACGUUUCGUCGAUAUUUGCCGAUUUUCUUACAAUUUUGAUAUCGGUUUUUCCCAAAAUCAAACUUUCCAAUAAAAUAAUGAGCUGUUUAAUGCAUCAAAUAAACAAAAGUUUCCUUUUAGGAAAUUUGCAACACUUGAUACAUUGAAGAAAGAUUUCAUUUCGAAAAGUUUUUUAUACAUUUGAUAACAAUCAAUCCUGCACUCGGUGCUGUGUAGAGGUAUCGGACGCGUACCGAUUCCUCAUUUUAGGGAUGGAGCUCCUCUACUAACUUUUUUUAUUUUUUUGUGUACUCAAACUAUAUUUGUUUACUGGAACAAACUAAUAUCCGAAGUAAUAUUUAUUAAAAUAUGGAUUUCAAUUGUUGUCAAUUAUAUAACGAAUUUUAUCUAUUUUUAAUUUUGAAACUAUUUUUGACAUUGGUUUGAUACUAUUACCAUAUGGUAGGUAUAUCGAUAUUUUAUUACGCGAUACCACAAUAAUCAAACGAUACGGCAUAGUUGAAUUUAUUUGACUUAAUUUUUGACCAUGCGGUUACCAUGCAGUUAUUACUCUAUAUCGGUAACAUACGUUAUCCGCAGAAAAGCGAUAACAAAAAAAAAAGAUGAAAUAUCAGGGUACAACAUUCGUAUAAUUUUUAUUUUCUACAGAAACGCUGCGUAUAAAACGAUAAAAAUUAGUCCAUACGUAAAUAAAAAAAAUACAACGCAAUUGUGUAGAUCAUUUGGGUUUCGAGCUAACAAAGUUCUUCGGCGUUUAAAUUGUUUAAAAUAAUUUCGUGUCAUAAUAACGCGGUCAAGUCGAACAGGUUGGAACCGCUUACUAGACGAUUCGUCCGCUUGACAUUCUCGUACACAUGGACAACGUUGCAUAAUUGACCCCGUCAAACGAUCGAGUACAGGACCCACGUUGAGUCGGUGUAGUUCACUGCAUACCGAAAGAAGAAUACGGAAUUUAAAAAUAAUCUCGUUGUAAUGACCGGCCGGCGGACUGUAAACGAAAACAGAAAACGCAUUCUCCCGAUUUUUCCUACACGAUGAUUUAUAAUUUAUUAAAUAGCAAAAACCGUACGUUUAUACAUUUGAAAUUCACAUUGAUGCCCUCUCCGCAAACAUGUUUUCGGUGACAUACAAUUUUCCGAUCAUUAUAAUGCGCAGUUACUUGUUAGUCGGUUGACAGGUUGUUUGUUUUUUUUUUUUUUUUUCAAAUUUUUUUUCACACAUUUCGAUUAAACUUUACCUGUCCGUCGUUCAACUAUAAUAACGAUCUGCAUAUUAUAAUAUUUACCGACCAUCUGCUGUUGUUAUUAUAUUAAUAUAAUACACGUGCUGUUGUUAUUGCGUUAUCGAAGUAUUAUUCGGACACGUCCGCCAGACUUUUACUGUCCGUCAAUAAGUAUUAUCGGAGUUUAGAAAAAUAUCGCUUGUCAAAUUUUGAUUGUUCUUCAAACAGGUCUUUCGUACGAUGUUUUCCAACGAAAAUAAUCAGCAACAUGAAUAUUUUAAGACUCCCGUAUAAUAGGUAUCGUGCGUUAUAUUAUUAUUGUUUACGGAAUUUUCCUGUCACGGACAAAACAAUAAUUUAAUAAAAAUAUAUUUUACGUGCAUUUUCAUACCAACGGGGAAGGGGCGGGGGAGCGCAAACACACUGUUUAUUGUGUGCUUCGCACUUUUUCUGUAUGAUUCCGUCUUCGUUCAGACGUUUGCUUGUUAUUUUUAGUUUAUUUUGUCCAAACUCGUAAUGUGUUAUUAUUCGAUGUAUAACCUCGGCACUAUAAUUUAUACACGUUGACGUUUUAAACAAAUAAAUGUAUUAAAUAUGUAUAUUUAAACAUUUUGACGUGAAAUUCAGAGGUCCUGUGCAGAUAUUGAUUUUCCCAACAUUACUCGAAAUUAUAAUAAGUUUCACAUGGUUUAAUAAUAUUGGUCAUAGUGUAUUUGUUGUUCCGAUAUUGUAAUCAGUAUAUCGUAAUCACGACUAGAGCAGUUAUUCAUGUGCUUUUGUAUAUUAGCAACUAUUGGUAAAAAAUGUAACUAGUUUGUACCAAAUUGCGUUUCGUGCGUUUCUCAUUACCUAACAAUUGUAUACGUACAAUUUUUGCAUAUUUUGAAAUGUUAAAUAUUUUUUAGGAUUUUCUGCAUAUUUAGAGCAUAUAGUUAAAGAUUCCCGUACAUCGUUAAGAAAUUUUCAAUUCAAUAAAUCGAUUAUUACAAAAUAAUUGUUCAUAAAUUUUAGAUAAAAUAAUAUUUACUACGAUUGAUUAUACUAAUAAAAUACAGUUCAAUUUUCGCGUUUACAUUUAUUUUUAAAAAUUUUUUAGAAUUUCUAUUGUUUAUUUUUCUAAAGCGUAUUUUUAGUGUCUGUUUGAACGUACAUCAUAUUUAAAGGUGUUUACUAAACAGUAAUAGACAUAAUGCUAAUAUACUAUAAUAUCCUAGUUGCCUGUGAUAAUAUACAUAUUACACUGUUGUAGAGAACUGAUUUGAAUGUGGUGUAGAAUAUAACCUAAAACGAGAGCGUGGAGACUCUGAAAAUAUAAUUGUUAAAAUCCAAUUUCGAAUUAGAUAUUUAUUACAACUACCGAACAACGAGUCUUAUCCGCGGCUGGUAGAUAAUAUAGAUAACGUCAUGCCCGUUUCGAAGGGGGAGUAACCGCCUCACUUGAAGAUCGCGUUCGGUGCCAAUACCGCUUGUACAUACACUUUAUACUUCAAUUUGGAACUAGAACUAUUAAUGGAGAAUUAUGUAAGUAAUUAAACAAUAGACGAGUAAUAAGAGACAAAGCACAUUCUGCCGAACGUGCCAAGUUUCCGUACACGAUUCGAGUCUAAAAUAAUAAUAAUAAUAUUAUAACCGUACUAAUUAUUGCUGUACUCCAUGUCUAAUAUAAUAUUGUGGUUAGACUUAAUAAAUGAAUACAUUACGUUCAAAGUUGCAUCGCUCAAAACGGUAGGUAUAACUAUUAACACACAAUACUUGCAUAUUAUUUUUGUAGUAAAAUUUUCUUUCGUUAUUUUAAUAAAUUAGCAAAACCGGAAAAAAAGCAUAAAUAACGGGAAAAUUUACGAAAAUAAUAGCCUGAUUAUUAUAUAUUUUAUGUUUUUGUUGUAAUUCGGUUCGAAAUUUUCGUAAAGACUCGAAAUUCCGACAGAAAAUUUACGUAUAAUAUUUCUAUAUGUGUUAAAAAUUAAAACAUUUUUUUUAUACAUUUUGAGCUAUUUAUAGAUAUUUUAGUUUUACGAGUGUUUUUAUUUGGUAGAUACUGUGGAUAAAAUUGUUUGAAAUACUUGAAAAUUAAACAGGAAGUUCAUUAUAAGUUGUGAAUAGUGCUCAAAAAAAAAAAAAAAAAAAGUUGAUUAAAAUUUAGUAUUUUUAUUUUUUUAUUUUAUAAGAUUUUUAAUAUCGAAUUUUGACAAAAAUUGUAAAUAUUACGGCCUUUCAAUACAUGUAUCGGUUCCGUGACGGUUUUUUUUUUAACAAUAACUCAUCGUUGUUUACAGCUAUAAAUAAAAUGACUUUAUUUAUUAAACCUUACCAAAUUCUCACCUACAACAGUGCCACACUCGUCUCCAGCUCUUAGUAUCAGCUCUUUUUAUAUAUAGUUAUACUCGUGUUAAAUACUUUAAUAUCAUCCUGUAUGUAUUUAAAAACUAUAUUUAAUAUGGUACGUAUUCUCAGGAAGCUUCAACGAAAACCCAUUUAUAUGGCAUAUCAAGAAUUUAUGAAAUUUGAUAACAUCGCAUUAAUAGUAUAAAAUAAACUUAUAUGCUCUGUUGCCUGAUUUGAAAAAUUAUGUUAUUUGGAUAGCCAAAAAUGUUAUAAUUUUAAAUAUAUAUUUUGUAAAAAUUUAUAGUCGAUAAACGUUAUGCCAUUAUGUUUUGUAUAGAACGAAUAUCCAUUUCAAUAUACCUCCAAAUGUAUAUGGAAUACCUAUAUACUAAGUUGUAGUCGACUUUAAACGGAUCAUUUUUUUUAAAUUUGUUUGAAGUUAAAUAAGAUAAUAUAUUAACAACGCUCGUGUUAUUAAAUGCGUACAUACAAGUUAUAUUAUUCUGCGUUUGUGGGGACAGGGGGACCACAAUACAGAAGCGGUAUUGUUGGAAAUGCAUCAACCAUAAACUCAUGGCAUAAUACAAUAAUGAAUAUUUAUCAUAACGAUACAAUAAAUUAAUGUAAUAAAGGUAUAAUAAUAAUUGUGAUUGUAGAAUUACUGAUGCAGAUGGACGUCAACGUGUGGAUGAUCGAUUACAGCGAACUUUCAUCAGGGCCCAUGAAAUGCUAUCUAGCCGCAGUGUACAAUUUGCCGUCGGUGGCUAAGUGCGCCGCCUUGCUUGUUCGAAAAAUCAUAGAUAUCUCCGAAGUCAAAGACCCCAAAGAAGUCAUGCACUUGAUUGGGUUUAGCCUGGGUGGCCAACUAACCAGUCAGAUCGCUGAACAAAUGAAACCUUUUUCUUUGCCUAGGAUCACAGGUACGUAUUUUGGCUGCGUAGACAGUUAGUGUUUGGUUCUUCUUCUCUCGAGGUUUUUGGUAUCACGAUUUCAGUCUCAGACACUAUUCUAUACCCUAUAUUGUGAAUACGGGAAGGAGUUACAGCACGUUUUAAUUAACAGCGGGUACCGGUACAAAAUCUAAUAAUUUAACUUUAACUUUUGUUGGUUUUAUCACGUGAUGUUUGGAGUAAUCAACCUUUCAAAUCAUUUCUGAAUAGCUGAUCCACUGGUCCUCACAUAAAAAAUACACGUAAACGCCACUAGUGGAAUAUGAUUGCUCGGUGUUUCUAUCCUAUUAGAUGAGACCAGUAUAGAAUUUUGAGACUGAAUCUCAUAGCCAAUCUUCCUUGGGAAUUCAGCUCAUGUGGGCAAUUUUUGAUUGUGUGGAACAUUGUUGGGUGCUAGUAUAAAAAAGAAAAAAAAGAAAAGAAAAAUAAAAGUUUAACAAUAAUUGUAUUCGUUGUUACAUGGUUUGAACUCUAUAUUGAGAAAACCUUUUCCAAACAGCUAAAAAAAAAAAAACCCAAAUUUACAGCCCUAGUCAUAACUGAUUAGAAUGUUAUUAUUGUUUAUGUAAUAUAAUAGCACUGGAUCCGGCUCUACCGCUGUUCUACAGUUCGCAUUUUAACAAAAGAUUGACCCGGAACGACGCCGAUUUCGUGGACGUGAUCCACACGAACGCUAUGAUCCAAGGGCAGUUAGAACCUUGUGGCGAUGUCGAUUUCUAUGUUAACGGCGGUUUGGCACAACCGGCUUGCGACAACAGCUCGAGUAAGUGUUGGGGAAGUAUGUUUGAUUUGCCAUCGGAGGGUUUUGGGACGUUGAUUUUGAAAAAAAACUAUCGCCUUUUUAUGGUUUUAUACACUGUACAAUAAUCGAUUGAAUACGAUGUCACCGAAUGAAGACCAAUAAAGGCAUACAAAUAAGACAUAUAUUUGUCGUGGUGAUAUUAUCAUACUUUUAUACUACGGCUAAACCGUUUAAAAUAAAAGUUGUAACCACCGAAAAUUUUUCGAAAAUCUAUUUUAUAACAAAAUGGCUAAUUGGAAUUUGUCUUAAGAAAAAUAAAGUACAAUUUUAAUUUUAUUAUUUUAAGAUUCCCAUCUAAAAAAAAAAAAAACUUAAUAAUAUUUUAAUUGUAACGCAUAUGUCUUACUAAUUAUUAAAAAAAAAAUUACACAAAAAUUACAAAAAAUGAACAAAACAAAUGAGUUGUUUUAGGUCAGAUCUUUCAUGUCACAUCGUAUACGGCACAUUAGUGUCGACCACGCUUAAAUAUUAUAUUUACCCGUUGUCCAUCUAGGUGUGAUUAUGUGACAUCUAAAAUUAUAUUUUUUCCUAAAAUAAAUUUCAAUUUUUUGUUUAAAAAUAUUUUCUUUACACGAUUUUUUGAAAUUAUAGUUUUUUCGGGCAGUAUCGGGGAGAGGGGUUGGGGGGGUUGCGUGGUCAAAAUAAUACCAGCUCUAUCAGCUGCUACAUAAGUCUUCGCGCGUCUAUGACUAAACGGUAUUAAUUAUACUCUCGUAAAACGAUAUUAUUGUUGUACAGAUCCGAUAAACUGCAAUCAUCACAUGGCACCGGUGUACUUUGCCGAGAGCGUGAGGUCGAAAGUCGGCUUCUGGGCGUGGCCGUGCUCGAGCCUGUACGACUACUUAAUCCGAAAAUGUCCUCCUCGGGGCGAUCACCAGCUGAUGGGUGAAUUCGUGAACGAAAAGUAGGUGUUCGUCGUCGGCGGCAUUUAUGAUAUACAAUUAACAACGGCGAUAUUUUAUCGUGUUUUGUACAUUUUUUAAAAUUUUUUUUUUUUUUAUUUUUUCCAGAGCCAGAGGCAUUUAUGUACUGAAAACCAACGGUGUAUCGCCGUACGCGCAAGGGAAUUGGACUGCAGACGACACACGGACAAAACGAUUGAACGAUAACUAGUAGUCCGGACGAACGGACGACAAUUGAUCGGAAAUCCUACGUAAAAAUAUUCUUGUGUUGUUGUCGGCGCGACAAAUGUCACUUGUACGGUUGAUUAUAUCAUGUAAAAUAUCAUAAAAACCGAGAAAUCCAUGUGCCGUAGCAAUACAGUCGCACUGUAUUUCGUCCGGGUAACUGAAGCAGCGGUAUUUAUUUUAAAUACCGCUUGUUACAAUGUAUUUUAAACAGGCAUCCUGUAGAAAUAUUCGCGAUAAUAUUGUUACAAUAAAAUAAUAAAGUAAAAACAAAAUUAUUAAAACGUCCGAUGUUCGUAAAUAAAUAUAAAAAUACAAAAAAAAAACUGUAUAUACAGAAAUAC